UUUAGGUUUUGCCUGUACAGAGAGAACACCCCUGUGCUCCUGAACCCUACUGAUGAGGGUGCAGUCAACAAGUCAAAACCGCCGGGGGCAAGGGACUGGCUCUUCUGCACGCGCGGAGGCGCCGGACUCCGCGGUUAGUGCGCGCCAGCCGCAGCAGCAGCCCCUCGACGCCGCACUCUGCCUCGGGCUCCCGACGUGGCAGCUGCCCGCAGGCCUGGUAAGCCGGGCUGGGCCCGCACCUUGGGGCCCAGCACCCAGCCUGUAGACCAGAGCGUGCAAGCCCAGGAGUCCCCGCCAGGAUGCCCGCCGCGCGCGCUCCGCGUGGACAGGGACUUCCCCGCCUCGCCAGGAGCGGCCCUAACCGAGACUGCAUCCGGCCUCGGGGCCGCGCCAGAAUGACCCGUCGGGCGCCCGCCGCCCGCCUGCACAGCCACCACGCCCCUGCGAGCUUGGUGGAGGGGACACUUGCGGAGCUGCCGCCCCCGCGUCCUCGCUCCCCCGGGCUCAGUUGCCCACAGGCACAAGGCAACCGGCUGCCCUCGCCGCCCGGGCUGGGAGCCGGUGCGGCCACCGAGCGGCGCGCGUCCCCUACAUCCGCGGCCGGCGCCGACCCUUCUCCCCACCUCCCGGCCCUGGGUCGGCCCGGGCCGGCGCUGGCCACUGGCACCGCCGCGGCCCUCGGCCCACCCCCAGGCUAGCGCCUGGG